AACAGCGCAGGCUCCGGGCCGAGUCGGUUAUGGCCGCUGUCGCCCAGAGGAAGAUGAGGGGGCCGGUGCAAGCGAAGCUGCCGCCCAGGCCGGGCAUCCAGAUCCCCGGCGGGGUGGCGCGGCUGCUGGUCCCGGCGCUCCUGCUUGCGUCCUCCACCAUGUCCAGUGCUGUACCAGAGAUGAAUUUGCCAAGCCAACCUGAACUCCAUCUAGAUGUUUCUACUCCAGAUAUGAAUACUUUAACACAUGAAAACCAAACCAAACCUUCUAAUCUGCAAAUCAGCACCACCCUCUCUCCCACAACUAGUACAGAGAAAAGUGGAGGGGCAUCUGUGGCCCCUCAUCCCUCACCUACUCCUUCUCUGUCCCAAGAGGAAGGUGAAAACAAUGAAGAUCCUAGCAUAGAGGAGGAGGAUCUUCUCAUGCUGAAUAGUUCUCCGUCCACUGCCAAAGACACUCUGGACAAUGGAGAUUAUGGAGAAGCAGACUAUGACUGGACCACCAGCCCCAGGGAUGAUGAAUCCAGUGAGGGCUUGGAAGAAAAUAGGGGCUACAUGGAAAUCGAACAGUCAGUGAGAUCUUUUAAGCCCCCAUCCUCAAAUAUAGAAGAGGAAGAUAGCCAUUUCUUUUUUCAUCUUAUUAUUUUUGCUUUUUGUAUUGCUGUUGUUUACAUUACAUAUCACAAUAAAAGGAAGAUUUUUCUUCUGGUUCAAAGCAGGAAAUGGCGUGAUGGUCUUUGUUCCAAAACAGUGGAAUAUCAUCGUCUAGACCAGAAUGUUAAUGAAGCGAUGCCUUCUCUGAAGAUUACCAAUGACUAUAUUUUUUAAAGCACUGUUAUUUGGGUUUGCUUAUUAUGUAAUUUUAUUUGCUUGACUUUUUAUAUGAUAUCGUGCAGAUGUUUGCCAUAGGCAGUUGGUACUUAAAUGAGAGGUGGGUCUCUCUUUAUUUUGCCUUGGUGCUUUGGAAAUUAAAUGUCACAAACAAGGAGUGUAUAAUUUUUCAUCUACAUUUUUAGAAGUGAAUUCAAUCAGAUGUCAAAAAUGUGGAGCUAAGCAUUACCUGUUAUUUUUUAUUGUUUUAGAUUUCUUUAUUGUACUUCUUCUGGAAGUAUUAGUAAUGCUUCUUUUAAAAGAUCCCAAACUUGUAAUUAAAUUCUAACAUAUCUAAUACUGCUGACUCAGAUUCUCUUUCUGCCAUCCAAAUACUAUUUUUUAAGCACACUUUUCUUUGUGCUCUCCAACAGUAAUCUACAAGGAUAUAUGUAAUAAUGCUUUUCAUAUAAGUAACAUUUUUUCUUCCGGGAAAAUUGUUUUGGAUAUUUUUGGAUAAUUUAAAUAUAAUUUAAGAUAAUUGUAUUGCUCAUUCUGACCACAAUUUUAGGUAACACAUUAAUAAAUGUGUUUAGAAAUUCUGGCAAUAGAGACUCUGCAGUUUGCAGUGGAUAUAGAGAAAAUGGUAUAGAGAUACCAUUUUUUGGUUUGAAUUACUAAGCUAAAUUUAGAGGUAGAAAUUGUAGUAAAAUAUUAAAUACACGUACAAUUGCUUUUAGUUAGCAAUUGAUUGUAGCACAGAUUCCUCCAAGCUUUCAAGCAAGGUGCAGAGUUUAAAAUAAUAUCAGAUUUGUUCACUUUUAUUAUUUCAUCAUAAGUUUGAAUAAAUCUUAGGGGCCAUUAUCACCUAAGUAAUAUUGUAUCUAGGUUUUUCAAAUAAAAAUUAUACCUGAUUGAAGUUGUUUGUAUACAUAAAAGAUAUAUGUGUACACUGGCUUUUUCUCCCUGUACUUGUUUUUUCUUUUUCCUUUUUUUUUUUUUUUACAGCAACUGGAAAUUUAUUUACUGUAUUUCAUUUUAGCUUGUCUUUUUAUCAUAAAGAAUUGAUCAAUGUGUAAAUAUGUGAUUUGAACCGUGGUUGACUUAUAAGUGUGACUACGACUUUUUAGAAAACGUAACCCCUAAUAUACGUUAAACACCACCCACUCACAUAGCCCGGGUGAGCCAGUGGGCAUGUGCUUUGUGUAGAGAUGGAAGAAGCAGGUCCGUCAUUUCUCUUGGGUGGACAGUUUACUGUUCUAAUAAGGAAGGGAAGCACAAUGGAAAUACACCUGAACUAUUUUAUUGCAGUAGUUUUUUUCAUAUCUGAAAUUAUUUAAUAUUUUGAAUAAGAUUUUAAAAAAAUAAAUGGCAAAGAUACAAAUCCA